UCCCUCUCUCUCUCCCUGCGGGGGGAGGUUCGCCGCUCCCCCGCGCUCGCCCCGGUGAGGAACCGUCCCCAGGCGCCCGGGCAUGAAAAAAUUUCGUUUUCGUUGUUUCGGAGAGUAACCUCUUCCUCGUAUGAGUAAGAGGUUUAUCACACAGAAACACGGACCGGGGUUCAGAAGUUUCUUCAUUCGCUGCGGACGUGGAGCUUGAAGAAAUUCGCAAAUGUGGAAUGAAAAACUUCCGUAAUAUCCAGGUUGAUGAAGCUAAUUUAUUGACCUGGCAAGGGCUUAUUGUUCCUGACAAUCCUCCAUAUGAUAAAGGAGCCUUCAGAAUUGAAAUCAACUUCCCAGCAGAAUAUCCAUUCAAACCUCCUAAGAUUACAUUUAAAACAAAGAUCUAUCACCCUAACAUCGAUGAAAAGGGGCAGGUUUGUCUGCCAGUAAUUAGUGCUGAAAACUGGAAGCCAGCAACCAAAACUGACCAAGUAAUCCAGUCCCUCAUAGCACUGGUGAAUGAUCCACAGCCCGAGCACCCCCUCCGGGCUGACCUAGCUGAAGAAUACUCUAAGGACCGUAAAAAAUUCUGUAAGAACGCUGAAGAGUUUACAAAGAAAUAUGGUGAAAAGCGACCAGUGGACUAAAAUCUGACACAAGUGCUGUCAGCAACCUAUGAUAGAAGAUCGGAGCAGUGCAUUUGAGACACCCCGUAAAGCAGGACUCUAUGGAAAAUUGACAAGUGCCACCUUUCGGUGUGAACUUGUGGCUGUUACUAACUUUCUACCGUUUUCUUAAUCAAAAGUGGGCUAGGUAACCUGUAAAGAAAGGAUUAAAAUUUAAGAUGUUCUAGUUCUGCUUUCUUUGUUUAAAAAUCACUGCUUCAAUAUACUUUAAAGUAUGCUGUUUUCUUUUUCUUGUCAGAAUUUAUCAAAAAUAUCUUAGACUUAUAUUCUGCCCUUAAAUUGAAAAGGUUGUGGCUGUCAUUUCUUAUUUUUCCUUGCAGUUCCCACUAUCUUGAGUUCAUUCAUUGAAUUUUAAUCCCCUCCUCAAAGUGAUGUCUUAGGAAAAAUAUCCCAGUUCCAGCAGAAAAUGAUUGAGUGUUUGGCAGUUUCAUUUACUUUUCUUUCUAAAUGUUGCACUGUGCUUUGUGGGACUUGUUGCAAGUUCCCCCGAACUUCAGUUUGUAACAUAAUAAACAAAUUCCAACCCACAAAACCAAUCAGAAAUAAUGUCUGGGUCUGAUGUAAAUCUGGCCAAUGUCUAUUAAACGGGGAAACCCAAGUUUUUGUGUGCAUCAUUGAAUUAGAAUAUGGCUUAAGUUCUGCUCUUGGAAAACUUUGGAAAAAAAACCUGUAGCAAACAAGUAGUAGAAUGUGAUUGCAAACUUCCCUCACUUCUAUCUUUAAUACCUAUGCAGAGUAGUGGGAAACAUGCACAGAACAACAUUGCAACCAAUCCAGGAGAGUUCCAGAAAUCGGGGACCAAGAGGUACCAAAGUGACAAACCCUCUUUUGAAUUUAAAAUCAUUAUUUUGGAAACGUUAAUUUUGAAUUCAAGAACUAAAUCUGACAGCACUGCUGUCCUCUCUGAACGUUUUCCCUCAGAAUGCGUCAGGAGCAUCUGUGUUUGUGGGAGGGCCCUGGAGCUGUUCCCAGCCCCAGCACGGCUGCCAGGCCAGGCCUGAGCACUGAGGCGGGGCAGAGUGUGCUUGGCUGCUGCUGCUGCUGUGUUCAGCACAGGGGCAGGGCUGCAGUGAGUGCUCAGUGUCAGUCUGUCCAUCAGCUUUGCCAGGCAGGGCUGCAGUGAGUGCUCAGUGUCAGUCUGUCCAUCAGCUUUGCCAGGCAGGGCUGCAGUGAGUGCUCAGUGUCAGUCUGUCCAUCAGCUUUGCCAGGCAGGGCUGCAGUGAGUGCUCAGUGUCAGUCUGUCCAUCAGCUUUGCCAGGCAGGGCUGCAGUGAGUGCUCAGUGUCAGUCUGUCCAUCAGCUUUGCCAGGCAGAGCUGGCCUGUGGCUGCCCUGGGGCGCUCCUGCGCAUGCUGAGGGAAGGACAGGGAGCUUUCCCUUCAGAGCUGAGCAUCCUUUGCCUGUCUCUGCUGCUUCUGCUGCCUUUCCUCCCCAGCCCAGAGCCUGAUCCUAGCUCCACAGUCAAACUGCCACACAGUCAACCUGCUGUCUCCCCUUCUGCAGCUGGGCUCUGCUACUGAGUGAAUGGAUUAUUUCCAGAAAUCCAUCAGUAUCUAGGAGCACAUAUCAUUUUGAUGUGCAGGAAGCUGAGUUGAAAUAACCCUGACACCUAGGUGGUUGCCUAUACUCCUAAAUUCAGUUUUAAUACAGCCUCUGCCUUUGCAACCUUUCAGAACUAGUGUGUCAAGCAGUAGAUCUCUCUUGGUUUUAAUGUCUUGUGUAUUUGCUAUUUCCUUAUUCGUCCCUCUCCUCUGGCUUUCAUUUCCAAUUUAGUGUAAACAAUGACAGCCCAGUACCUCACCUCUGUUGAAAGUAAAUUUUUUUAUGAGUUAGGGAGCUAAGAAAUUUUAUGUUUAAGUGUUCUUAGACAGAUUCUUUGGCAGGUAAAUAAAGUUAAACCACAUUCACCUUAUUUACGGAAACUUGCAUUUCCUAAGUGUUUUCAGGCUUGUGAGAGCACUAUUACCAAAUUUUCACAUCUUUGUGUCUUCAUUUGCAGAAAGUUGGUACUGAUUUUGUUUCGUUCACGCUCACUCAGAUUCAUAAUAAAAUAAUGCCAAAUUAUCUGUCAAACUGAAGUGUGUAACUUCUGCAUCACCCGAGUCACUGUACCUUUGAUCAUGUCUGUUGGCAUGGAAACUUACCAUCCUCUAAAUUUUAUUUGAAACAAAACUGUAGCACUAGUUUGCUGCCCUCGUUGCUACUCAAUAGUUACUCUGUGGUUGUAAAGCCUCUCAGGUCAAAGACUGCGCCUCUGCCUGGCUGUGACCGGAUGCCGCGGGAAGGGACGGAAGGGCCGCGGGAGCUGCGGCUGAGCCGCGCCAGCCGCUCCCCUCCGGCUGCAGAGCUCACACGAAGACAGAUCCCGCUAUCAGUUCUCUUGGUGUGUUCUUCAUAGUCCAAUUGCUAAACUGUGUAAACAAAGUGCUGGCGCGUGUCUGGGGCAGCCUCUGAACAAAGGGAUCCGGCACCUGUGUGGCUGAAGGCUGAGGAGGAGAAAUCCAAGUGCGAAGUCCUAGGAUAACUCAGGAAAUCAAGCUCUUGUUCUCUCUGGUUCCCUAAGCCAUGCUGAAUUUUAAACGUGCAGUUGAGCAUCCACAAUGAAAGCAGCGCACUGGUGAAACUACACCCAGGAGUACUGGUAUAGGCUUUCUGCAAGUCCAUUCUGCUACCCUAAUAAAAAUUGCUCUCAAAGGC